AUGAAUGAACUCCUCAGUGCCCUCUCUUAUCUUAGUAAUACUUUGCAAAAAAGAAAUCUUAAUCUGGCUAAUGUGAUUCCUCUCAUAACAACAACAAAAUUACAUCUAAAUGAUAUUGCAAAUCAGUGUGUAAACACCAAUAGUAACUUGUACAUCAAAAUUCAAAACGAAAUACUUGAUAAGUUUGGGUCUGAAAUGCAUUUGACUGCUGAUGAAGAUACAAAAACAACAUUAAAACAAAUGAAAGAGUAUUGUGAAAGCUUAAUCAGAGAAAUUGAUAAUAGAAUCAAUGACAAAUCUAUUAAUAUAAUGAAAUUUGCUAGUCACUUUGAGAGCUUCCUGUCUUUCAUUGGUAUACAGGACACUGAAUUGAAAACAAUUUGUGGUUAUUUUCCAAUGCUUAAUGCAGAAGCUAUACUGGCAGAUAUGAAGUCAUUUAAUUUUUUUAUCAAGUCUAUGCUGGAUAGUGGAAUAUACAAAGUACACGAAAGUCCAUUAAUUAAAAUCAUGGAAGCUGAUAUAGGAUAUAAUGAACUACAACAGCUUUGUGAAAUACUUCUCGUCAUCCCCGUUACCACAGCUUCGGUUGAAAGUAGAGCUCCUUAUUCCACGUGUACACGCCUUCACGUAUUCACGUGA